GCGGCUUUACGUCAUCACUUGUGCGACGCCCCGCCGGACAGCCUGGGGUCUGCUCUUUAGGAAGGUGCAGGAGUGGGACCGGCAGGGAAGAUGCCCGUGGCCGUCAUGGCAGAAGGUGCCUUUAGUUUCAAAAAGUUGCUAGAUCAGUGCGAGAACCAGGAGCUCGAGGCACCUGGAGGAAUUGCUACACCCCCAGUGUAUGGUCAGCUUCUAGCUUUAUAUCUGCUCCAUAAUGACAUGAAUAAUGCAAGAUAUCUUUGGAAAAGAAUACCACCUGCUAUAAAAUCUGCAAAUUCUGAACUUGGGGGCAUUUGGUCAGUAGGACAGAGAAUCUGGCAGAGAGAUUUCCCUGGAAUCUACACGACCAUCAACGCUCACCAGUGGUCUGAGACGGUCCAGCCGAUCAUGGAAGCACUUAGAGAGGCAACGAGGAGACGGGCCUUCGCCCUGGUCUCUCAGGCCUACACCUCCAUCAUCGCGGACGACUUCGCAGCGUUCGUCGGGCUCCCUGUGGAAGAGGCUGUGAAAGGGAUAUUGGAGCAAGGAUGGCAAGCUGACUCCACCACAAGAAUGGUCAUGCCCAAAAAGCCAGCUUAUUUAGUUGCAGGGGCCUUGGAUGUCUCCUUUAACAGGUUUAUUCCCUUAUCAGAGCCUGCCCCAGUUCCGCCGAUCCCCAACGAACAGCAGCUCGCCAGGCUCACCGAUUACGUGGCUUUCCUCGAAAAUUGACGCCUCAUCUGCUUUACGAUGACACCUCAUCAGCGUUCCGUAUCCUGACAAAUGUAAUUUUGUAUUUUCAGUUUAUUGGAUGGAUUAAGCACCUCGGCGCUCCAUACUGAGUAUGUGAUAAAAUACAGAUGUAAUAUAAAGCAUGUUAUAUAUUUGUCCUUGCACAUCAUGCUGAGUAGUGGUGAGACAGUUCUCCUUUGGUGGCAGCUGGCAGUGUGGGUGAGGCUGCCAGGACGACGCAGUCAGCCUAUAUUUCCGGGACUCGUAGGUGCAGCCCCCCGCCUCACGAAGCACAGUGCAUGGCAGCGUCUGUCCCACCCGCACCCGGUGCUAUCCCAUCCGGUUUGAGGAAGGCUGUCCCUGGGGGCGUUGUCUGAAUUGGGGGUGGUCCUGAGGCACCCUCUUUGGAGAAUAUGCUCUCUUUUCUCCUCCGCUCCCACGAGUCACUGAUAUAGGAUGAUGAGGAACAAGAGACAUUUCCUUAGUGAACCAGAUUGUUGGGUUCCUCCCUUAGUGUGAGUGCAUCCGUUGCUGGCAGUGGAGGGCUUGCCGUGGAAGUGGGACUUGAGACACUUUAGACGCUUAUGAGAAGUGUUACGUUGUGCUGUUUCUUCUCAGAAGAGGGAAACGUGUAUUGGGAAGAAGCUAUUGAGAUGAGUAACACUUUGUACUGCUGUAUUGCAGCCUGCUGGGUGCUGUGUUUACCCCUCGGUUCAGUUCUGCCUUUUGGAAAAAUACUGAACAAGUCUUUCAUUUUUCGUGUGAUAGCCCUCUGAAUAUUUGAAGUUGUUUAUUGUAUUUUCAGGUUAAAACACCCUCGAGUUCAUUUAUUUUGCAUUUGUUCAAUAAAUAUUUAAUUGAUUUCUU